AUACACCGAGUGGAAACGACUUCCUCAAAUUAUGGAUCAUUACGAGGGAAUUUGAUGUAUAAAUUUUACAUCAUUUGAACGUCACUGCGUAAGCAGCAGACAUGCGGAAGAUGCUGCCAGGCUUCGGCGUAGUGGGAACCCCAAGCUCAGUCAGGGCAUAUGUCCCACUUUUGAAAUCGUAUGGCUUCAGAGUUGUAGCUUUGUGGGGGAGAACGAAGGAAGAUGCUGCAAGAGUUGCUGCAGAACUCAACAUUCCCUUUCAUUCUAGCAAUGUAGAUGAGGUUUUGUUGAACAAGGAUGUGGACAUUGUAGCAGUGACAUGUGCUCCUCACAUGCAGGCUCCUAUUGCAGUCAAAGCUCUGGGUAUUGGAAAACAUGUUAUAUGUGGUGCUCCUGCAGGACCAAAUCAAGUAGACUCUCUGCGCAUGGUCAAUGCUGCCAAGUAUUACCCUCGUCUGAUGUCCCUGACUAUUUAUGGAUUGAGAUUCUUACCAACGAUUGACAAGAUGAAACAGCUGAUCACGGACGGAUAUGUAGGAGAUAUAAGCAUCUGUGAAGUCAGAGUACGCUUUGAAAAAACAAAGAGAGACCAAUUUGAUUGGAUGUGUGAUGGCACAAUGGGAGGCGGCCUUUUGAAUGAGAUUGGCAGUGACAUCAUUGAUGUGAUUGGUUAUUUGACAGGGCAGAAGGCAACAAAAGCACAUGGCAUGCUGAAAACCUACACUAAGCAGACAGAGAAAAUCAAGGGUAUUCGUGAAAUUACCAGCGACGAUUUUUGUACUUUUCAAAUAGAACUUGAUCAAGGGUCUUGCGUGACUGCUACAAUUAAUGGUCAUAUACCAGGGCCUUUUCAGCAAGAGAUUAUGAUAUUAGGAAACAAGGGCAGGCUUACAGCCAAAGGAGCCGAUCUGUAUGGCCAGAAAAAUGACCAAUCAAAAGAAGAGUUGCUACACUUUGACCCAAUAAACUUCAAAGAAGAGGAGAGGCAUGGAGUGUCUGAUAAAACUCGCAAUCUCAUCCCAACUCCGUACUUGAAGGGCAUUAUAAAGUUUAUCGAAUCUGUCAAAAAUGCUUUUGAUAAAGAGGAGGAGAGACAGAGCUACUGUACAGACCCAGUCCGACCUGCAGCAAAUUUUGAGGAUGCACUUUAUGUGCAGUCUGUAGUAGAAGCCAUUCGGAAGUCCAGUAAAACCAAACAGUGGGUCAAGGUAGAAGUUUUGAAGGAAGAACCUGAUCCCAAUAAUUUUAUGUCGCCCUCACUUAGGCGCAGUGCUUACUCUGUACACUAAGCAGUAACCAGGUACCUACACAAAAAAUCAUCUCAGGUUUAACCAGGAGCUUUACUAAAAGGCUGAUUUCGGGAUUGAAAUGCAAUUGUCAUUCAUCAUCACUUAAAAUAGAUUUUUCAUUCAAAUGUUGAUGGAACCAAUUCAUGUUGUUGGUUUUUUUUUUGUAUUUCAUAGUUUGAGUUUAAGCAAACUUGGGUUAUUUUGAAUUAUGAGGAAGUAUUAUCUCAUAUUGACACAGCUUCAGUUUAGCAAUAUUUGAUACAGUAUUUACCCCCAAUGACUGCCUCCUUCCAAUAAGCAGCACUCUUCAUUAAUUUUUAAUCUGAAAAUAAUCAACACUCCUCUUGUGAUAUUAAGUAUCAAGGAUUUUGUAUAAUUCUGACAUGAAAUGCAGCAUUUUUUUAAGUUGUGUCCUCUCUAAAGCAGCUUUCCUACUUUGUUAUGAAAUGUACGCUGAUCAGGCACGUUCUACCGGUAUCUAUAGUUUGUUCCAUUGUAACAAAUUACUACCUAGUCUAUUAAUGUACAUAUUAUUUGUACAUGUAGAUAUGCUAUACAUGUAUGUUGUCUAGUCAAAAUUGUGAUAAUUUUGUAUUCUUCAUUUAUGAAGCAGUGCCCCCCCCCCCCCCUUUCCAAAUUUAUGGAGCAGUACGAUAAUCUGUUUUGACCAUGUAUGCAUUCAUCUUUCUGUCCAUCCAUAGUGAUGGUCCUCCACAUAUAAUUCUGUUUGUAUUCAGAUUACAGAUAUUUAUUUAGGAGAAAUUGCCAUUCAAUAUACAGUGGUCUCUGUUUUGCAUUGUAAUCUCUGAUUUAUUAAACCCACCCCUGCACAAUAAAAGUUUAAGGGGUUUACUAAGGAAUCACUGGAUGCUGUGUCUGUUCAUCUGUCCUUACUAUUGGCAAAGUCAUAACUUUGUAAUGAAGAUAUAUUAGAAGCAUAUAUUUGGCACAAAGUUGUUUAUGACAAGAUGUUUCAUAACCUUAACUGGAGGUUAUUUGGCCAAGGUUAAAGUUACUGGUAAAGAAAAGGUUUGAUGUGUGAGUAAAAAGUUUUGAAAUUUUUGUCAAGGUCAAAACUUUGUAAUAGAGAGACAUUUGAAACUCGUACUUGCUUCCAAUGUUAUAACAAGAUGGUAUGUCUUGACUAUAACCCCAAGUUAUUUGACCAAGGUCACUGGGAAAAAGAAAAAAGUUUGAACAAAAAAUGUAGGGUUUUAUCAAGACCAAGUUUUAAUGGAGGGAAAUUAGAUUCUCACACUUGGCAUAAAAGUUUAUUGCUGGGUGGUAUAUCUCAUGACUCUUACCCAUGUCCAUGUGUCCCUUUAUCCAAAACUUUAAAUAUUUUUGUCAGGGCUAUAUAACUAAUAUAUAAAUGGAAAGACAAGAAGCUCAUACUUUAUUCAGAGGUAGAAAUUGGCCUGGGGUAUGUCAUAACUUUACUGUACCUUUAGGUCAUUUUGGUCUAGCACAAGCUCUUUGGCAAUUAAAAUCCUAGUCUGAUCCAGAAUUAUGCAAAGCACAUAUGGUAGAGGUUUCUAUGCUGUAUUUUGAAUAGACCCCACUUUUGAUCAACCUUUCAGAGUAUAAGUCCUUUUGGGACAGGUUUUGUUUAUUCCAUGAAAAACAGCCAUAUUCACUAUUCCCUACACUAUGGUGUAUUCUAUGGCUGGGUCCGUGCUGACUCGGGUCAGUUUACUGCAUGUAUUUCUAUUUACACCAAUUCAUAAUGAACAAUAACAUGUACAUAUCAUACUACAUGUACAAAAUCCAUACUCAUCUCAAAGCACUGCCAAUCUUCUUGCUAGACAUUCAAACCCAAACUUUCAACUCAAUGGAGAUUUUUUUUGUGAUGAUAUUGAUAUUAUAUUUUAUACACAAAAUCAUCUGAUCUACUAUAUUUCGGUUGACAAUUGUGAUAAUCAUUUUGCACAGACAUUUGUUAUUUCAGUUAUCAAUUGCGCAUAAUCUCAAUCUGAUUAAUAUCACUCUAGUGUAGCGAUCUAAGUGAGCGGAUCAUAGGAUCUAAUUUUAAUCAGAUUGCACAUAAUCUUAAAUAUGCAAUCGAUGAAUCUACUGCAACAUUUCAAUAACUAUCAGUAAAUAAGUGUUAUAAUGUAGUACAAUGUUACAAUGCAAUUUCAUUAUGAAAAUGUAUGCUUGUUGUUUUUAAAUGUAUUUUUCUAAACUUAAGGAAUUUCAGCCUUUCAUGCCGAAAUUGUUUCGAGUUGAAAACAUUCAAAUGAUUGAAUUUUAUGUGAGUUUACAAUAGUGAAUGAAGAUACAUUGUUGUUAAUGUUUUUACCGUUGUGUACUUCAGCAAUUUAUGUUUAUUGUAAAGAGGUGUGUACAGUUGUCAUAUUUAUGUAUUUAUAUUAUUUAUAUGUAGAUUUUAACUAUGAAACAUGACACAAAAAACAUAUUUAUAGCCUUGUUAAUAUAUACACAAAAAGCCUCACAGUGAUCAUUCAGACCUCUACAUAAUCUGGAUUAAUUCAUCAGUUUUAGACACUUUGUUUCAAAUGAAUAUUUAACAGUCUGAGUCAAUGGUUAGUAGCAAUAUUAGAUUUAUGAAUGACCUAGACAUUUGGGGGGGGGGGUGGUAAUUGUUUGGGGAACAUCUCAAAAGGUACUUUUCAUUGUAAAAAUAUUAUUUACCACAUGUAACUUUUGGUCAUCAAAGUUUGAGAUACAUGUAUUUAUGAAUAAUAGGGUCAGAAACCCUCGAUGGGUCUCUCAUCUCUUGGCAAGUGAAACCAACUGUAGGUUCAUGAAAUAGCCAUAAAUACUAUGGCCCUCCAUUUUCUCCACUUUGUGACUGUUGCCACAAUUCAAACUGAAAACAUUUAAAGUGUGUACUCGACACAAAUGUCUGCAUUUGGUCAGAUAUUAGUAGGUCAUAAGCCUUAUCAAAGGUCAGUUGGAGGUUAAGGUCAUGCAUUAGUAUUGGAAGUACAUAUGUACCAUUCCCAAAACUGAUUACUUAAAUCUCUACAUCACUAAGCACUUUUGAUACAAUGAUUGUCACAGGGAUUUCAAGGGAUUGUUUUUGUUUAGGCUAUCAUACAUAAUACAAUGAAGAUACUUAUAAAGGACCAUUUUAGAAGGGCUAGGGAUUCUAGUGAACAAAUUGUAUUCAGACUAUAAUUUUGCAAUAAAGGAUUGUUGAAAUGAAAUUGAUACCCAAAAUGAAAUUGCCUAGACUUUGAGUGAAGAUUAGUUUAGUAAGAAUGUGGUUUUAGAUCUACAUUAUUCUCACUAUAUGUCUCUAUUGGAGUGCAAAAGAAGUUUAGCAUGAUCUGAGGAAGAUAAAAACCUGUGUAUGGAAUUCUAUUAAUAGAAAUUGUUUUAUUAAGGACAUGUGUCCUUGUGGAUGCAAUUGAAUUGAACUUCUUGCAUAUACUAGUAUGCAAAAUGUGAGCAAUGUUGAUUGAACAAUUGUGCAUAUCUUUGCUUCAUAUGAAAACUGUAGACUAGUAGAAAAUCAGAUCUGUAUACUGUACGUAGCAUAAUUCUCACAGACAAGGCCUGUGUCAUGUUUAAUUCUGUUGUGUAUUAUAAAUCUCACAGACGAGCUAAACCUGUGUCCUGUUUAAUUCUGUUGUGUAUUAUAAAUCUCACAGACGAGCUAGGCCUGUGCUGUGUUUAAUUCUGUUGUGUAUUAUAAAUCUCACAGACGAGCUAGGCCUGUGUCCUGUUUAAUUCUGUUGUGUAUUAUAAAUCUCACAGACGAGCUAGGCCUGUGCUGUGUUUAAUUCUGUUGUGUAUUAUAAAUCUCACAGACGAGCUAGACCUGUGUCCUGUUUAAUUCUGUUGUGUAUUAUAAAUCUCACAGACGAGCUAGGCCUGUGCUGUGUUUAAUUCUGUUGUGUAUUAUAAAUCUCACAGACGAGCUAGACCUGUGUCCUGUUUAAUUCUGUUGUGUAUUAUAAAUCUCGCAGACGAGGCCUGUGUCCUGUUUAAUUCUGUCGUGUAUUACAAAUCUCACAGACGAGGCCUGUGUCCUGUUUAAUUCUGUUGUGUAUUAUAAAUCUCACAGAUGAACUAGGCCUGUGUCAUGUUUAAUUCUGUUGUGUAUUAUAAAUCUCACAGAUGAGCUAGGCCUGUGUCAUGUUUAAUUCUGUUGUGUAUUAUAAAUCUCACAGAUGAGCUAGGCCUGUGUCAUGUUUAAUUCUGUUGUGUAUUAUAAAUCUCACAGACGAGCUAGGCCUGUGUCAUGUUUAAUUCUGUUGUGUAUUAUAAAUCUCACAGAUGAGCUAGGCCUGUGUCAUGUUUAAUUCUGUUGUUUAUUAUAAAUCUCAUAGAUGAGCUAGGCCUGUGUCAUGUUUAAUUCUGUUGUGUAUUAAAAAUCUCACAGACGAGCUAGGCCUGUGCUGUGUUUAAUUCUGUUGUGCAUUAUAAUUUUCACAGACAAGCUAGGCCUGUGCUGUAUUUAAUUCUGUUGUGUAUUAUAAUUUUCACAGAUGAGCUAGGCCUGUGCUGUGUUUAAUUCUGUUGUGUAUUAUAAUUUUCACAGACGAGCUAGGCCUGUGUCAUGUUUAAUUCUGUUGUGUAUUAAAAAUCUCACAGACGAGCUAGGCCUGUGCUGUGUUUAAUUCUGUUGUGUAUUAUAAUUAUAAAAUAAAGUUUUAUUAGUU